AUGGCAUUGCAGAGUGCCGGGGAUACCUUGAAUAAACAAUUCAGUAAAACGACUGACUGCAGGACUCAAGAGCAGUAGAAAACCGCACAUACGGGGAAUAGACGAUAUUAGCCCCAUUUAUGUUUACGUUUUUUAUAUCUGAUUUGUACUUAAAGAGAAAUAUCGCACGCAUGUUUCCGACAGUUCCUUAAAUGCAGCAUCAUUUUCAACGGGAAUCUCGUCUUUCGCCAUCUGAACAGGACUACCACCAAUUGACCCUGUGGAUAGAAUUACUGGAUGUGAACAGUUGUUUUACUCACAGCACUGGAACUCUGGAGUGUACAUCCAGCGUCAUGGAAUCCCAUGAGGCUGACUGCAUAAUGAUCCUGUACAUUUCUUAACAGUGGCAAGAAUGAUUAUAAACAGCAGUCGUGCUUAGUUCUUGCCUCUUGCAUGGGGGAUGGCUUGUGGAGCUACAUUAGGCCUUUCUCUUAUCUGAAAACACAGUUUUCUGAGCUAAAAACUGUAAAGUCUCUUGGCAGAAAGUAACAGAAAACAUUUCCCCUUAAUUGUGGUGGCCAACCAUACAAGGGACUAUAGUAUUGAACAUGACUCAUGGGGAAGAGCCUGGCCCUGAAACACACCAGGAUUCUGCUGUAUUAACAUAUUUGGAAGGCUUACUCAUGCAUCAGGUAGCAGGAGGACAGGGUGCUGCAGCAACACAAAGUGGCAGCCAGGAGCAGAGGAAUAAGGAGGGGACAGGGCAUGCACAGGCUAACUAUGGCACUCAAAAGGAAAAGAACCAAAAAAAUUCUCACUGCGGAGCCUCGCAGCACCUUAAAAAGGCCCGUCUACUCAACUCAGAGGCCUGGACAGAGAAUGAGAUUCAACAGAGAUCAGCACCCCCUGUUCCACUCAAUGGGCAAAAUGAAGACCACCACGGUGGUCAGAAUGGCUCCUCGCAGAAUAAAGGAGAGAGUACACUUCUAGCCAGUUUGCUCCAGUCUUUCAGUUCUCGACUUCAAAAUGUGACCCUGUCGCAGCAGAUUAUCCAAGGCUUGAGGCCACAAGAUGCCGCUUGCCAGGUAAGCAAGCCUGCACAAGAGGAGAGGGCAAAUGGGCCUUGCCACAGACCUGCCUCGAGCCACCUCAAAGGGCUAGUGAGCAAGAACAAAAUUAAGAAUCACAGCAACAGUGUGCCUUAUCAACGUAGACGGUCAAGCCAGGAAAGUUUUUCGGAAUCUCCCAAGGCACGGAAGAGGAGUACUCCUUCCCCAUCCCCAGAAUCUUUUUCUUGUACUGAGCGCCUAAAAGCUGUAGCAAACCUGGUAAAUAUCAGAUCAAGCCCUGCUCCAUCACCCAAACCAAGUGUUGUCUGUAGUCAACUGGCUCUCUUGCUCUCCAGCGAGGCUCACUUGCAGCAGUACUCACGAGAGCAUGCCCUAAAAGCCCAACUAUCUGGACGAGCAGCCAGUGAAAGACUUUCAGCCAUGGCCACACAGCAGACACAAGAUAAGAAACAGUCUACCACUUCCAGCCAGACUCAUGGACUAAGCCUCUUACACACCCAGAAUGGGAUACCUUCACAAAUGUCAACAAGCUCCAGCAGACAGAGUCCAAGCCUAACUUCAGGGCAAAAAAGGCCAGAAGGUUCCAUGCAGACAGGACAUCACUUCAGAGAGCGACGACCUUUUGAGAAACAAGGCAGACCAUCACAGAAUUGCAGCAGUCUCCUUCUUCAGCUUCUCAACAGCCACAACACAUCACAGCGAAUUCAUGGGCAAGGUCACUUGAAAGAUGAUCUCAACACCUUUGGCCCUCUGGGCUCUCCUCUUUUUUCAGACAGCGAGCACUCGAACCCUGACAGUAGUCUCACAAAAGACAGCAGUGAUGCUGAGAGCACUUACUCUAGUUGCUCUCCUAUUGACCUGUCUCUGAAGAACAGAACACAUGUACAGACACCAGUAUCUACUUCAUCCUCACCUGCAUUGGACAGGGUCCCAGAGUCUUCGUUGAACAGGUGGACGCCUGAUAGUCCACCUGUCAAAGUUCCCACAGAUCACAGGGAGGUGGACGCCUGUUCAGAGAUGAAACCUCAUCACAAGAUCACUCUUUUACAGUUACUUUUGGAUCACAAAAAUAAUGAAAGCGUAAACAAAGGUCUAGAUAAUCCAGAUUUGCUGCGAGCUGUAAUCCCCAAGGUCACUAGUGCAUCCACAAGUAGCCAGAGUGUUUUCAGUACAACUAGGUGUAAGGACACAAGUGAACUUGGCUCAAACUGUGGAUUGAAUUGUAGAAGCCCCAAACCCUUGCCAAUGUUCUCCCAAAGCCGGGACUCGAAUAGCAGUGCAUCUCCAUAUACCCUUUAUGGGUCUCCCCAUUCACAGUCUGUGCCCUUGGAUCUUUGUAAAGCUAAACCACCAACAAGUGAUAUAAGAGUUAAAGAACCAGCUUUUAGUGCUAGUAAAUUGUUACAGGAUUUAGCUCAGUGUGGAAAACAAACCCCAACCAUUUCUCCUCCCGUGAAGGCACCUUUACCCCCUAUCAAACUCAUGACGCAAGAGCUGAAAGUUAACCAUCCUCCAACUUUACUGGGGAGACUCACUGCACCUAUUCAGAGAAAUAACAACCCGUUGUGGGAAGAGGCCAAGGCAAAAACUUCAACUUUGCCUGAGGCAACACAGCAUGUCGCUGAGAUUGAGAAUCUGCUUGAGAGACGCACAGUUCUACAGCUUCUUCUAGGGAAUGCUCCUCCGAAAGAAAAGGUUAGCAGUAAACGAAAACGAGAAUAUGGAAAGAACAAUUCUAUGGAAAAACAGAUAAAUCAGGCAAUAGACCAAGGUACAGCAAACGGUCCUUCAGUGGACAUUUCAUUCAAAACUGAGCCAGUAGAAGGAGGUCAAAUGAUUGACUAUAAAAAAAUGUCAAAGCAAUGCCAGAAUGUAAUGAUAAAGCCUAGAAAAAGCACCAGUUAUCUUGCUCAUGAAGACAUCAAGCAAGAACCAUUGUCCCCAGAGGCUGUCUACAGAGAUGGUCUUCUUUGUCAUCUCCUAAAACAGCGGCCUUACAAAACCGUUCAGUCAAACAAGUUAGAGGACAUAAACAAGGGUUGUAUAAAGGAAGAAUUGGUGGAAAAACAGGGACCAACAAUCCCAAAGAAGCAGAAGUUUUCGGUAGAAUUAGAAGAUCAUAACACAUCAAGUCAACAGGGCAGGGAUUUAGACCAUUCUGAUAGUGUAAACGACAAAAGUGGUUCUGCCGCUGGAGGCCUAGAGACCCAAGAGGCCAGUGACCCUUCUAGUCCCCCAGAGGCAGACGGUCCACCAGCUAGAUUUCCACCAUUUGAGUCUAAUGAAAACAGAGGUUUCAAUGUUCUAAAGCAGCUGCUGCUUUCAGACAACUGCUUAAAGGAUUUGUCUCAGCCAUGGGGUACAUUCAGUUCAUUGACACAUACUGUGCUGAAUGGGAAUACAAUCAAGCAGCCAUGUAUUGAUGGUGAGCUUCAAAACUUUCACCAAAGUUUGAGGCCCAGCAAUGCAUCUUCUAAGAGAGCAAGUGGUUACAGACCUAAAUCUCCCCAGGAGACAAAAACUGAUAAUGCCACAAUAAAGGACUUGAAGGGCUCUACAAGGAUGGUUAAUGGAGACGAUCAAACACAAAAAUAUGAGUCAGACUCACCUCGGUUUACCAAGACUAACCCUAUUUUGUACUAUAUGCUCCAGAGGAGCAAUGCACAUCUGGUUAAAGAGGGGGAGGAGCUGGAAGCAGGCUCAAGACAAAUGCAGACAAAGGUAAAAAAUGAGUCAUCAAGUGAUACUGAGUCCUUUGAACUUUAAAACUGAUCACAAUUCACAGAAUUACAAUGGAACACCUAGUUGUGACUCCCCACGGCUAAACGGGUCAUUGAAGAAAUGCUAGUUUUGAGACUGAACCAGAAUCUGUGCUACAUAUUCACACUUGCAACUUUGUUUAAAAUUGGGCCAUCUAGCAUUUUUCCAUGUUAAUUACAUUUCAUUUAGUUCACAAAGAGACCAUGUAACCAAAGUUUAUUUAAAUCACGCUACUACCCAAGUUAAAACCAUCAAAAUAAAUACAUGUUUUCUAUGAAAGGUGUGUGUGUAACAGAAUUGCCCUUGUGUAUUUGUAACAAUAUCAGUUCUCAAUCCAUUUUCCACACAUGGUUAGACUUUUGGCCACAGGCAGUAAGUUAUGAUGCACUGAUGCACAUGAUGUAUAAGCAGAUUGUGCCUCAGCCUUUGUGAGUGAAUAUCUUCUCAUUUAGAAUGGAAAAAUGGAGAGAGAGAAAUAAAAGUGUAUUCUUUUGUCUAUGCCAGGAAGUCUUUAAAUGUCAUAGCCUUUAUACAAACAUUCAAAUCAAUGAAAUCUGUUGCCUUUUAUAAAAAAAAAAAAAAAGAGAGAUGUAUCUCUUUUUGGCUCUGUGUUGUUCAGAUAAACUGACAGCAACUUUAAAGCUGUAUAUUCAUGAACAUAUUUGGGUAAGAUGGAAUAUGAAUCCAUCAGUAUUAAAACAUGGUAUCUUCAUAUCGGUAUGGUAUGUGAAGUGUGUAUACUUUAUUAUUGAUGUCCUCUUUCAUUUCUGUCUCUCGCUCGCUCGCUCCCUCUCUCUCUGAAAAUUUUUUUGUUGUGUGCUUUAUUGUUUAUUCUGCUUCUUAGCAUUUACCUGUGUCAAGACAGUGAUCAAUUUCUACAAUACACUAGAAGAUGAUGAAUGGAAAAUCAAAAAAAGCUACAACAAAUGACUGCUCUCUUUUUCAUAUGUUUUGUAUACAUGUAUUUUAAGAACUGGUCUUGGUAUUAGCAUGUGUCAUAAGAUGUUUGUUCUAUUAUGCAAGAGAUUGUUGCAUCAACUUAAGACAAAUCAACCCAAUCACAGCUGUCCGUCUCAGCAGUCUGUUAUUGUAAUGGAAGAAUUGAUCUACUAAAGGGAGUGUUGUGUUAAGGCCAUUCCCACGAAAAUGUUUGCUGAUAUAUUUACAGUCUUACGUUUGACAUAUUGACAUGUUAUUUUUCAUCAAUCUUAAAAGACUCGUUAUAAACUAUAUGUACAUAGCAUAAUCUUUGUGAAAGACAGUUAUUUUGUAUGAAUGAAAAGAAAAGCAUUUUAGUUUUGAAAUUUCUUAAAGAGACUUCAAAGUAAAUGCCAUGUGAAUAUGUAUAUAUUUUAGAGGGUGAUUUUUUUUUUUUGUCCUUCUUUUGCAUGUGUAUCCUGAUGAAACUAUGAUAAUCUGUUCUGCAACAUCUUGUGUUAUGUCAGAUAUUUAAAAGUACACUGCUGCCUGUUGCAUGCAAAUGCAUGAGAAGGUUCCUAUGUAUUACUGGACAUGGGGAAAGUCAAAGUCUUAAUCAUAUAUAUAUAUAUUUUGCCAUGGAGCCCAAUACAUAAAAUGUGAUCUGUAUGUUUGUCAUGAGAAAUGGACUGCUGGUCAAACUGUCUGAACUUUUACAACAAAUGUGCAUAUGAAGAUAUUUAUUUUGUUUUUACUCAAUUUUAUUUUGUAAAUGGUGAAAACAGGUUAGAAUUCAUGUUCUGUACUCUACAGUACACUGAUGCUUCAACGACUUAAAUUGGUUUUAAAAUAUUGUGUUUAUGCAGGUUAAGUAAUAUGAGUAUUAUUGUGUUUCAUUAUUUUGAAAAAAUAUAAAUAUAUUUCAUUUGGGUGUUUACUUGCACAGAUUUUGAAUAAAGUUCUGAAAUGCACAAUCAGAAUAAACCUGUUGUUUAUGUC